CCAUCCCGCGGUGAAAAGAUUUGCCAGUUUACAAUGCGGUGAUUUCAGGGAGGAAAACUAAACAUCUGAGGAAAACUAGAGUGUAGUGUUACAAGUGAUUCGAAGAUGAAGUGGCCAUUAGUGCUGACUUGCCUUCUGUUGCCCCAUUCGUGCAUCCUCGGUGCAUCGCAUGCCGGUUGCGAGUUUCCGGCGCAGUGGAACGGCCGCUGGUAAUCGGGGAAUCAGGGGUUGGUGACGGUGAACGGGUCCAUGAUGACCAAAGGCCGCUGCAUCGAGACCAAAGACGACAAGUUCCUCAUUCAGGACACAUCGGAAAAUUGUUAUCGCUGCAUCGUCAUGCACAUGAAGCAUCCGAACGUCCUUCAAUACAAAGAGACCUGGUGCAUCACGGGAUCGUCGAAACCUACGCUCCCCUCGAUAUGCGGCGAUCUGACCAGCGACGCCAUAUUGAUUUCCCUAUUCCGCACGGGGGCAGCACCGAUGCCGUGCCCCUUCAAGGGACCCCUUGAAUUCACGUACAGCCACGGGGAAGCCGAGUGUAAAUCUCCUUUGUCAGCCGCGGAGACGUGCACCCAAGAAUCCCGAUUACUUUUUCGCUAUCAAGCGUGUGCCAACGUGUUGUCCUCCGAAAGCGUUGACGUGGAGUUGGAGUGUCUGGCCACGUGGAAGGAGAGCAGCACGCACAACCUGGUGGCAAGGUUGCACGCCCCGCGGAAAACCAGCGACGAGGACAGCUACAGAUGCUUCAUCUACGAGCAAACUUCGAACAAUUCGUGGAAUUUGGCGCAGAGCGAGGAUGCCUCUUGCACGGGAUUGAUCAGCGUUAAGGAGGCUGCCAAGACGUUCAAAAUGAAACAGAAAAAUUCGACGGAACGAUGCACGUAUCCAUCUUGGGUUGUGGACAAUAAAUUAUGGUUAGCCCUGGAUCCGGUAGCAUCUCGCCUGCUGGCAUCGCCUUACAAUCUAACGAUUCUCAAUCGACAGGAGACCCGUCUCGUGUGUCACUCCGUCGUCCCUAUUAAUGAUCGUCAUUAUCAUCCAGAUAGGGAGAACCAGGUGCAGUACGUUGCGAAGGCCACCCUUGAUUGCACCAAUGGCUACGUGUGCCUGAUGUUCCACAGAAGGGACAGCCACAUAAUAGAGAUGCAACUGUCGGAAUGGAGCCAGCAACCCGACGACGUGUGCAACUCGAGUACGUUCAACUCCCACUCGACGCCGUACACCACGUUCAUCACGUCGGACCCGAUCACCAGGCAGUGUCCGAACCUGGGUCGAUACGAGAUCGUGUCCGUGCUACAUUCUUACAACAGCGUGGAAGACAUAUUGGGAGUGGACGGUGAGCAGAACAUGGCGAAUGCAGCCGAGGUUCAGGACGUUAGGGUGACGUCGACACCCUAUCCGGGUCGGUGCCGUUAUGGAAGUGUUCGCCGAUUGGAUAUCGGUUGCAAAACACCGGAUCGCAUGGAAUUCGCUACGUGCAGCGAUGAAACCCCAUCAGGUAAAAUUCUUGAGUAUUUGUGCCACGGGACUUGGAUCGAGAACGACACAGCUUAUCUAGUGGCCAGCACCGACGUGGGACGAUAUUGUCUCGUUUACAGUGCGUCCGCAGCGGCGACGGGAAAUCGCGAGCUCUCGGUGACGGGCCACCUUGCCUCCUGUCCCAGAGCACCUCACCGUCAUCUCGUGUCGUGGCAGGUCAACCUCACGUCGUACGCUCAAUGCGGCGAUAUCUCGACGGCCACGUCGUGGACCUUCCGGAUUUCCGCCUCUGUUUACAUCCUGGCUGUAUUGGGCACCCUGUUCGGCAGGUAUAUCGCGAGGUGAUAUCACUGAGUGAAGAAACCAGGCCACGAGUCGGCCGUGUAGUCUAAUCUACACAAACUCGAGUCGUCAGCACAGCAACUAUAAAGCAACAACAACAACAACAACAACAA